AUGUCCGACAACGAAGACGGGUACGAGAAUGGAGCUCCGCAGGAGGAUGACUUUGAAGAUUCUAGCGUGGAGGAAUCGGACGAUGAGGACAAGUUUGAGGAAGAUGACUUCAUAGUGGACGAUGUCGGUGACGCUGAUGAUGCAGGUCCACUGCCUCCGAUGCGCAGGGAUGACGAUGCUGACGAUCUUGAAGAAAUUCGGAAGAAGAAAAAGAAGAAGCGUAGAAGAUACGACGAUUCUCACGAACUUGCAGAGGGUGACUUGGAGCUUCUCGAGGAAAAAGGUGUUCGCAUUGAUAGAAAGAAAAAACUACGCCGUCUGCGAAAGGGCGCCGCAGAUGAGGAAGACAACUUUGGCCUUGAUGAUGAAGUGCGCGGCUUGGCUGACAUCGAGGAAGAGGAUGACCUUUACGAACGCCGUCGCCAGCCUGAAGAACCCGUUGACUACGAUGACGAAAUGGAUGACUUCAUUGAUGAUGGCGGUCGUCGUCGACGCAGGCGUGCUGCCGAGAGAGAUGGCCUGGUUAGUUCCGAGGCUGUGCGCCAGGCCCGCUCCAUUUUUGGUGAUGUUGAGGAAAUGACCCAAUACCGCGGCGUCGACAAGCUAUUCCAGAAGGGGCAAGACGGUGACGACGAUGAAGACGCUGAUUACCUUGGCGAAGAUGAACAACAAGACGAAUCAAAACCUCUUCGCACGAUUCGCGAACGAGACGACGACAGAUUCGGUGAUAUUGACGCCAUGCCGGACGACGAAGAGUUGGGAACACAAGAGGCCAACAUCGCUACACAGCUGAGCGGUCCAGGUGAUGAUGCAGAAGAAGUGAAGCGAAUCGUUGCAAUGGAUGUCCCAGAAGAGUUGCAAUAUCACUUCGGGCCAAAUCAUCGCACUCCGACAGAUGCCGAGUUGAAGGAAGAGGGAACCUGGAUAUAUAACCACGGGUUCCGGGACAAUCCAAUGUUCCAGGACCUUGAACACUACAAACCAGAAGCCGUUACCAACAGGAUUGUUGUAGUCCUAUCUUACAUUCACAUUGACAAGUUGGAUAUUCCUUUCAUUGCGAUGUACAGAAAGGAUUACAUUACUCCAUUUCUCAUUCCGAGGGCUGGUGAAAUAUUGCGUGGGAAUCCAUCGGAGCAGGAUUUCGAGGCGCGGGGAGCUAUGCGCACUCCGAGAGGAUUCAAUUCCUACCAGUAUGACGGCUACCGCCCCGGUAUUUCGAUUGAUCAUCUGCAAGGAGUUCCCCGAGGUUAUGAUGACGGAUUUGGGGAUUGGGGAGUGCUAUGGCACAUCUUAGAUCUCGACAAGAAGUACGCUUCCGUGGUUAAGAAGCGUCAGAGUCUUUUAGCUGCAACAAAAGAAGCAGCUGAAAAAGGUGUACCCUCCCUUGUAGUCAAGGAAGUGACGACCAUAAUUGAGACAUGUGAAGACGAGCAACGCUUAAAGGAUGCUGACGCAUAUCUCCAUCUCGCCGUUGAACUGGCAGAUGUAGUUACGAAGCGGAACAACGCAUUGUCCGAUUUCAUGGAGGAAGAUGAUGACGACAAGCGAGCGAAACGCCCUUCACGGAGAAAGAACCGCUACACAUACUUUUGCAAGCGCGGCUAUCGGGCACUAGCUGAAGAGUUUGGGCUAAGCGCUAGACAGUUUGGAGAAAAUUUCCGCAGUGCCAGUCAAUAUGGCUCAGGAAUGCAGAUGCAUGUUCCUCUUGACGCAGAUGAUGAACCUCUGGAAGUUGCCAAAGUUUGCGCUGAUCGUCUUGGGGAAUCCGCAGAGAGGGCAGGCAUUACAGACCGAAAGAUGGCAGAACGCCUUCUUAACGCGGCUCGCUUGAUACUUGUGACAGAAAUUGUCGCAGAUAUGCAAGUUAUGCAGACCGCACGUGAGAUUCUCUGCAAGCCUGGGACAGUAUCUAUUUCAACGAUUCCAACUCGUCAGGGAAUUGCUCAGGUCGACGACACGCACCCAUUGAGACCAGUAACAUGUCUUGCGGAGAAGAAACUUGAGUCCUUCUCAAAUACUACUGACUUUGCCCUUGUCAUGCGUGCUGUGAAUCUUGGAUUUACGCAAUUCAAGGUUGUUCUGCAGCCGGAGCAAGUUGCUAAGUUUGAUUCUAGUCUUCAGAGUUCCUUUCUUGUUGCCGGUGUACCGUCACAAAUGGUUGAAAAGUGGAAUGAGGAACGGAUGCAUGUUGUCAGUGAGGUGAAGAGGAUUAUCACAAAGGAGCUCAUCAAUGAAAUCACAGAAGAGUUAAAUAGCCACACAGACCUCGUCCUUCGCAGUCAUCUUUGUCAGUCAGCAUCCCGACGUUUUCUCUUAGGCCCAGGACGACCAGAUCCUAAUGAUAAUGGUUGUCCCAGGGUACUCUCCGUCUGUGUCACAGGAGAGGAGGAUGAAGAACCAGAUCCUCUCCAAGCUGCUAAGGAUUUAGAGUCGGCGAAGGGAAAGAACAAGAUGGGUGGUGAGAAGAGGAUAGCUCGGGAAAGGCUGACAUUCGUUGAACUAGACGACAAUGGAGAAUACCAGACGGGGUACGAAAUUUUUGCUGGCUGGCUUCGGAGAACAGCCCGAAAGGAUUCCCCAGAUUCUAAACUGCCAGUCCCGAUCAAGGACCAGCUGAAAGCAUUCAUAUCCCAAUCACGAGCUCAGGUGAUAGUUAUCGGGGUCGGAAGUGGUGGCCGUUCGGUUAUGCGCCUUCAGACCGAUCUGAUUGACAUCGUGGCAGAAAUGGCUGUCGACUCUAGAGAAGAAGAUAAGCGGAGGCCCCCAAUGCUGCAUCCGAGAGAAAUCGAAGAAAUCAGAAAGCUCGUCACUGAACGAGAAAUAGACGACAACGCCGGCAACUACAAAGAUGCGGAGGAAAAGCUCAAGGGAUUACGACAUAUGCUUUCCCGCUACAUUGUUCUUGCUGAUGAAUUCCCUGCACGAAUAUUUGCUAGAACAGAGGCUGCGUCCAUUGGCUUGUCUGUGGAUGCCAUGACUCUGUUGGAAAAGCGUGCUAUCGGUCUGGGUCGUCUCGCACAGGAGCCACUGUGGAUCUAUUCACCAAUUGGUCAAGACGAAGAGUCGGCUACACACCUCAAAAUCCAUCCAUAUCACUAUUUUGCUAAGCCAAAAGAGAGAUUGAUCGCGCUUCAACGAGCCCUGUUUCGAGCCGUAUGUACAAAUGGUGUUGAUAUUAACCGUAUGCUUCGACUGCCGCACACGCAAUCGCUAUUGAGAUAUAUAAGCGGUCUUGGGGUCCACAAAGCUAAAGCUUUGCUGCGGACGCUUGAGGCAUCUCUGAGUGAAAAAGAUGGCGGUCUACCUUCUAGAAAGCAUUUAUGGACUGAGAAGCACGUUGGUCGUACUGUGUUUCUCUCGACGGCCGCCUUUCUGCGUGUCAGAGAUCCAGAGCUGCACAAUGGAGGCAGCAGUCGUCGAGCUAUAGAGUUUCGUCGAGCUCGACUGUCUCGAAAAUCUCGGGGUCGGCGCCGAGACGACGAAGGCGUGGUGUUUGACCCAAUGGAUGACUCUCGAGUUCAUCCUGAACACUACGCUGUGGCAAUUAAGAUUGCCGAUGAAGCGCUUCGGGAUGAUGAUGGGAAUCUCCGUGUGGAAAUUCCGAAAUCAGAGGAGCAUACUGAGGCAUUGCGAAUGACAUCUGCUGUGCUAGAUGAUCCGGGAGGGUUACAGAGGCUAGCACUGGAUGAAUACGCAGAUCACUUGGAGAAGUUAGGUCGUGGCAGCCUCUUCGAAACUGUCCGAAUAAUAGCGAGUGAAUUCCAGGGCCCCUUCAAGGAUCACCGAAUUGCGAUGCGAUCACCUGAGCCUGCAGCUGUUUUCUACCUUGUAAGUGGAGCGGACCCAAUAAUGAUGCGUGUUGGAAGUGUCGUGGCCGCUACCAACUGCCAGUUGAAAGAGAGGAGGAGGAUCGUCAAUCCUGAACAACGCAAUAUUUUCGGUGUGUCCUGCUUCUUACCACAUAACAUACGUGGAUACAUUCCUCUCUACCCACAAUCUCAGUUUAUGGAUGACGAUCGGUUAAGCGAUGCUGAACUGAGGAAACUCUUACCUGACGGAUGUUCGUGGCGCUGCCGAAUCAUGGAAUUCAAGUUUGACAGGUUUGAAGCAGUCUUGACUUCGAGGGGCGGCGCAAUCGAUAAUCCCGAGAGUAUUCAUGGAUAUACGCCCCUCGUGGAUAAACGAGAUCCCGCGUAUCGCCCAUAUCCAGUACUGGACCCGCAGCAAGAACCGAAUGGGGCCCGUGUUUUGCCAUUGAAGUCAGCUGAAAAGACGCGUAAGCCAAGUAAUCCUAGCCUAAAGAGAACGACGACUAAUCUCCGCCACAACGCCAAACCUGUCUUUCAUCACCCUCUUUUCAACGAAGUUACUGGUGACGAGGCUAUCAGCAUGCUUCAGGGUGGUCUUCCAGGGGACAUCAUCAUUCGACCUAGUCAAUACGACCGUGAUGGGAUUAUCUUUUCGUGCAAGUUUGCCACACUGCCGGUGGACACAGACACAAAACCGAGAGGUGUAUUUCACAAAGAUUGUCAAAUGCAGUAUGACAGUGACGACAACGUGAUACCGCUCAGGCUGAAGUUGGAUGACGUCACUUAUGAAGACGUAGACCAAGUGUUAGAGCAGUAUCUUCGCCCAAUUAUUUCUAACCUCGCAGAGUGCUUGGAGCACCGCAAGUUUAAAGGCGGAUCCGUCCGCGACAUUGAGAAGUUCGUCGCGAAUGAAAAGGAGCGUGCUCCGAAGUCAAUCCCUUACUGCUUUGGAUUAUCAGAGAAGAAUUUGACAAGUCUCACGCUGGUCUUUGUACCUGGGACGACCACAGUGCACCAGGAAGAAGUGAAAGUCCUGCCAGACGGAUAUCGGUUACGAAAUGUACUCCACAAGAAUAUGGAUGUCCUUUUCACAUGGUUCAAAUCUAACAUGCGACGAUCAACGCGGCGACCUACUGCCGCAAAAGAAACUGCUGGAGCCUCACCUUUCCCUUCGACAUACGCAUCUGCGGCUUCACCGUAUCGAGCAGCCGCAUCACCAUAUCGAUCGGCGGCGUCUCCAUAUCGCUCAGCCGCGUCUCCAUUCCAGUCGGCCAAGUCCCCGUUCCAGGCGCCCAGUUCCCCUUUCGUGGGAGCUGCCCGGGCAAGACCUACUCAGGACGCCCCGCCUCCCCCUGCACCGUUGUCUCUUUCAAGCAGACCUGAAAGACCAGACCCGUACCGGUCCAUGCAGCAAGAACACCAUCCAAGAGUUCCCUUUCCAACGACAAGUGACCAAAACCCCAUUUCUGCGGACGAAUGGGCAAAGGCGACACUGCAAACAGAUGAGCCUCCACCAAGCACUGUCCAAAACGGAAGUGCCAGUGGUCCGCCACCUCCUCCCCGUUCUCCGCCGAGACGCUUUGAUGAUCUCCACGGCAAUGGAAGGGGUCCAGGACCUGCAGGCUCAGCAAGAGGCCCACCCAUCCAGGAUGGAGCACCGAGGGGACCACAUUCAAGAGGUCCUCCUCCUCCAAGGGGUGCUCCUCCUCCUCCAAGGGGUCCUCCUCCAAGGGGUGCUCCUCCAAGGGGUCCUCCUGAUGGACGUCGCGGCGGUAGGAUGCCAGAAUGGCGCGGUGCUAAGCCAGUGCCGGCUUGGAAAAAGGCCCAAGAGCAGCAAAGUGAACAGUAGUGCGUCCUUAAGACUUGUAAUUGCCGGAGUUGUGCGGAGAAGUACAACAAAUAUGUAAAACGCCAAAUGAAUGGGAGCACUACACCUGUAAAGAAUCGAAGGGUGCAGCCUUACAUACAUUU